CCAUGCGGGGAGCAGCAGUCCGUCCCGCCGCCGCCGCCGCCGCAGCUGCUCUCUCAGAGCCCUGGUCCUCCGGUCCUCCUCAUGGACGCCCUGCGCAGGUACCUGUGGCUCUGGGUCCUGGGGGGGGCGCUGCUGGCCGCGCUGCUCCUCUGCUGCAUCUUCAUCCUCAUCAACAGGUGCAUCUCCAGGACAGGAAAACAGAAAAUCUCACAGCUGCAGAGCAGAUCCCACUUCCAGGCCGAGAGUAACAAGUACGAGGCGAGAGCGCCGGACACGCCUCCUCUUCCUCCUCGCUCGCAGUUCCUGGCAGCAGAGACUCAGAGCUACGAGAACCUGGCCGAGGUUCCGGGAGACCAGCAGCCCGACGCCGUGAACGUGGAGAACCCGGAGGAGGAACACGACUAUGAGGAGGCCGCCGACGACGGGCAGGACCGGAACGACCCGCCAGACUACGUGAAGGUGGAGGAGGAGGAGGAGGAGGACCUCCGCCCUGCCGCUCCACUCUACCAGCAGCCACACCGCCACAGCGGGACGCCAGGCGGCGCCUCCGCCCAGAGCUACGAGAACCUGGCGGAGGAACAUGACUACGAGGAGGCCGCCGACGACUGGCAGGACCGGGACGACCCGCCCGACUACGUGAAGGUGGAGGAGGAGGAGGAGGAGGAGGAGCUUCCUCCACCUCCAGCCACCGAAGCAGAGUGCAACUCUUCAGAGGACUACGACGACAUCGGAGGAGAGGACGACGACGACUACGAUGACGUGGGAUAAGAGGACGACGAGACGAGACGAGACGAGACGAGAGGAGACGGAGACAGGAGGGGACGAGACGGGAGGAGACGGAGACAGGAGGAGACGAGACGGGAGGAGACGGAGACUUCUGUUACUGUCUGAAUCCUGCAGAGAUUCAAAUCACUUCUCUUUAUCAGUAUAAGAAUUAAUAAAUGUCUUAAUGUGUUGAAGAUGGAUGGAAGGAGAGAUGACAGAUGAACGAAUGAAAGCUUAGUGAUUCAUGGACGAUGGAUGGAUGAUUGACGAAGACGUUGAUGAAUAGAUGGAAAGAUGAACAGGUUGAUAGAUGGAUGAAUGAAGAGAUGGAUGGAUGGAUAAACAGGAGGAUGAACAGAUUGAUGGAUAGAUGGAUGGAUGAAUGGAUGAAG